AUGCUAUCCGUUGCAGACAACUUAGUGCGCAUCAUUAACGCUGUUUUCCUGAUCAUAUCAAUAGGUCUGAUCAGUGGCUUGAUAAGCACGCAGACCAAGCACAGUUCCAGAGUGAACUUUUGCAUGUUUGCCGCGGCUUACGGUCUACUUACUGAUUCAUUUUACGGUUUCUUCGCUAAUUUUUGGUCAUCUUUAACAUAUCCGGCAAUCAUGUUCGUCCUGGAUUUUUUAAAUUUUCUAUUUACAUUUAUAGCAGGUACUGCUUUGGCCGUAGGCAUUAGAUGUCAUUCGUGCAGUAAUAAAACUUACCUGGAUAAGAAUAAGAUCACACAGGGCUCAGGUUCAAGGUGCCAUCAAGCAAAAGCUGCUGUGGCAUUUUUCUACUUUUCCUGUCUUUUGUUUCUGAUCAAAGUGGUGGUAUCUAUGGCCGCUAUGAUUCAAAACGGUGGAUUUGGCUUUGGUAGCAGCUUCGGCAGAAGAAGAGCAAGAAGACAAAUGGGAGUUCCCACAAUUUCUCAGGUCUAG